AUGGAGGUCUCUCGGCCAUUGAAACGAAAGCACGAAGAUGGGACAUCGAACCUCCAGGCAAAACGGGUCAAGCUGCUGGACAGUCGCAAACUCCUACCGAUAUGGCCCCGUCAAAAAGACAUACGACAAUACAUGCGCCAAGGGAGAGUCCUCAUAUUAUCUGGUGAGACCGGUUCGGGCAAGUCGACACAAAUUCCUCAGUUUCUCUUGCACGAACCAUGGUGCAAAUCAGGCAAAAUUGCAGUCACGCAGCCCAGACGAGUUGCAGCUAUAUCGCUUGCACGCCGUGUAGCAGAAGAACUCGGUUCUCCUCUUGGUUCUUCCUCUCCUGCUAGUAAGGUAGGCUAUUCAGUACGGUUCGACGACAACACUAGUCCUGGGACGCGGAUCAAGUUCUUGACCGAAGGAAUGCUGUUACAGGAAAUGCUGCGGGAUGCCGAUCUUAAACAGUAUGGAUGUAUUAUCAUUGAUGAGGUGCAUGAGCGGAGUGUGAAUGUGGAUCUACUGUUGGGCUUUCUGAAAGGGUUGGUCCGAAAACGAAGAGAGUUGAGAGUUGUGGUCAUGAGUGCCACGGCUGACGUCGAGGGCCUGCGAAGUUUCUUCGAAGACAUUUCGCAGCAAUCUGAUACUGCCGUAGUCAUCAAUGGUACAGACGCUACAGCAGGUAAUGGAGCCGAUGAUCAGGGCUCAUGGGACGGCUUUUCCGACGACGUUUCGAAGCCUGGUACUGCCUCUGCCACCGCCAAUGGCCAUUCACAGAAUGACAGUGUCACUACCUGCCAUGUCGAAGGUCGGCAGUAUCCAGUCAUCACGCGCUACCUCGAUAUCGCCACCGAAGAUGUAAUCGCAGCAUCCCUCAACCGCAUAUUCCAGAUACACUGCAAGGAGCCCAUGCCAGGCGACAUACUGGCCUUCAUGACUGGCCAAGAAUCGAUCCAAUCUCUACAGAAGCUAGUAGAAGAAUAUGCUCAAGGCUUGACUUCCGACUAUCCGAAGCUUCUUGUUCUGCCGCUAUUUGCAGCUUUACCACAGGCGGCACAACAGCGCAUCUUUCUGCCCGCGCCACGCAACACUCGAAAGGUGAUACUGUCAACGAACAUCGCGGAGACCUCCGUCACAGUACCUGGCGUGCGUUUUGUCGUGGACACGGGCAAAGCGAAGAUCAAGCAAUUCCGAAACAGUAUAGGCCUGGACUCCCUUCUGAUCAAACCGAUCUCGCGCUCCUCGGCCGACCAACGCCAAGGUCGUGCUGGUCGUGAGGCUGCAGGGCAAUGCUACCGCCUUUAUACGCAGCAGUCCUAUCAAAGCCUGGACCAAGAUCCUACUCCAGAGAUCUUGCGAUGCGAUCUCAGCCAAGCUGUCCUGACGAUGAAAGCUCGAGGAGUCGACGACAUUCUUGGCUUCCCAUUCCUCACAUCUCCGUCUCGCGAAGCUUUGGAGAAGGCACUUCUGCAUCUCUAUCGGCUCGGUGCUCUGCAAGACGAUGGCAAGAUCAGUCCGGCAGGCCGGCAGAUAGCUCGACUGCCUCUCACCCCCUCCCUGGGCCGAGUCGUCAUUGAGGCUGCGAAGCCUGAGAAGCAAUGUCUCCCACAUGUCAUCGACAUCGUCGCCUGCCUUAGCGUCGAGACCAUAUGGCUAUCAGUUGAGACAGAGGAAGCACGAGAGCGCGCACAAAUCGCACGCCAGCAACUGCAACGAAGACAAGGGGAUCAUCUCACGCUCCUGGCUGCUGUACAAGGCUACACAGCCGAGAACAGCGAUCGCAAAAGAUGGGUAGACGACCACCUGAUAAGCCAUCGCGCUAUGCGAAACGUCAUGGACGUAAGAAAACAACUGUGGGCGCAGUGCUUACAAGCCAAGCUCUUACCCAAGGCCUCCACUUCAUCCAUACCAACGACGACACAACCGGACGAGGAGACCUCAGAGAAGAUCCUUCGGUGCUUCCUUGCUGGAUUCAGCACCAAUACUGCUCAUCUUUGUCCUGAUGGGAGCUACAAGACUUUCUCGGGUAAUCAGACAGUAGCUAUUCAUCCUUCCAGUUGGUUGUUUGGGAGGAAAGCGGAGGGGAUAGUGUAUCAGGAGUUCGUCUUCACUAGUAAGGCGUACGCGAGGAAUGUUAGCGUGGUGCAGCUUGGGUGGUUGGAUGAUAUUCUGGCGUAG